UACGGGUUUGGAUUUUUGAUCUCCGACGCCUUUUUCCGGCAUUUGCUCGCGGGCGUGUGUUUGUGUGUGUUUUCCUUUUCUUUCUCUUUCCUCUUGCUUCUUCCUUCUUUCACCCGUCGUCGUCGAACGUUUUCGAACCAACGGGGUGAGAUGAGAAAACGUACAAGAUAUACGGUGGCCGUCUGAUCUCAUUCGAAAGCCUGGUGGUGGAAACUUUGAUUUUUCCUUGUCUCUGUGCGCGCCGGUUAGCCGAGUUGAGCCGUUCUUGGCCGUGUGAGCCUUUUCUUUCUUUUCCUCUUUAAGUGUGCAUCUACAUACAUACAUGUGCCGGUUGUGUGUUUGGGAGCAAUUCGAUGCUGAAGACGGGCGGCUUUAUUAUCUACACUUGUGUAAAGUGUUUUGUUGAAGAAUGCGAAUGCAUUUAUCUGUGUAAAAGUGUGAUUAGUUGUUUACCGGUCGUUGUGCCCAAAGUGAAAGCAUAAAUCAGGCAAUGGAAAUCUUGUGUGGAAAUUCGACUACGUCCAGAAGGAAGGAAGAAAAUUGAUUUUUAAACGGCACUCGCUGCCAAUAGUGUUUGAGCGGGUGGCAGCUGAUGGUGAAGAGAAAAAUCGAAAACAACGUGGAAAAGUCUAUCCUGUAACUUGAGUACUUGAGAGUUACGAUCAGCGUGAAGAAGCCAGACUGUGGGUACGACGGUUGACCGUUUACUGCCAACACCAUUGUGGCGCUCAACAAGACCUUAUAAGACACGAAGAAACAAACACGUUGUGUAAGAACAACGAAAUAUAACUUCGAAAGAAAACAAAAACGUGAUGGAGAUGGAAAACGCGAUAAUUGGGUGAAACUUUUCUGUGUGGGAAACGGCCACCGAAACUAUCCGGGCUUCCGCGCAACUUUAAUCACAGCUACAAUCACCCGUCAUAGUCAUCCUCAACAACAAUCCGGGGACGAGUCCUGGGUUCUGUUUUACGGCAUUACCCGGUAUUAAGCGUCCGGAAUAAUCGAUGCCAACAUGGCGCUCGUUAUGCUUCCGUGUGAUCUUCCCUGGUGGUCGAACGUGCAAAAGAAAUUAUCACAGAUUGAAGAAUCCAGCUCUUUAGACGUCGUAUUAGACGUGAUGCAGAAGCUCCAUGAACUGUGCAAUGUCAGCCUGGAUCCGGAUGAGGAUGGAAAGGAUACGUCAGUGUUUGAUGGGUUGCGGCAUUUUGUCGAGCGUACGAUGGACGCAACCGAACGCGAUCACUUCCUCGGACAUACGAUAAAGGCACUCGCACGGCAUGCCCGCAACCUCAAGCACCAUCGACCACCGCGCGGUCUCAGCUUUAGCCUGCAGCAGCAAGCGGACAGUUACGAGCUGAGCUACCGGCUAGUCGCGUCCCUGCUUGCCAAUGCGUUCUUUUCGACAUUUCCAAAACGUACUGAAAAAACACACCCCACGUUACAAGACUUUAACUUUACACACUUUUUUAGAGGUUUAGUAGAUAAUGCUGUACAGAGGGCAAAGUUUCGCAGCUUCCUGUACUACUUCGAUUGGCUAGAACGAAGCGGGACGGCACUCGAGGGCAACCUUCGGAUAUCGCGCAAGGUGAUGACCGGGAAGCAGUGGCUUACGAUCGAAGACUGGUUGGAGUGUGAGUUACCUCUGUGCGACGUCGAGAUACGACACGAGGGCAAACUGGAUAAGGCAGAUCCAGAAACCCUCCAAACAGUGUUCGCUAGUGCGCGACUCGGUGGUGAUGUACUCUCGACAGGAGAUACUCAGGAAUCGAUUCAGUUUUGUACCUUUCCGGAACUGCUCGCCGUGCUGCUGUACGUGGAAGCGCUCGAGGACAAUGAGUCACUGCAGGUGGAAAACUUACAUCACGUAGCACGGAUCGUCGACCCGCGACAGAAAGGUCCACUGUUGGAGCGAAUCGCGGAACCCAAAACGACGAGCCUUUGCUGUAUCGAUGCUGAGAACUAUCGGGCGCUUCCAUCGCAACAGUUCGAGGAGGAUGAUAUACUGCGGGAGUUGAACAAGUGCCUGUUGGCGUUCCGCCAGAAUACAACUUGCCCAGCGUUGCUGGGUGAGUCGGGUGCUGCCGCAUCGGGCAAGUCAUCCGGUGAUAAACGGGCCGGACCUGGGUUAAAGUUGGACCAGCUGGAAACAGUAUCGAGUAAGGGUCGGCUCUCGCCCAUCGGCGAGCGCGAUCGGGAAGGAUCGACACCAGGUUCGCCGGAUGUCUACACGACGAUCUUCAUUCGACAGGCAACACCCAACUCGAAGCGCUCCAGCAGCGACUCGAAUAAACUGGAGAAGGACAUUAACAAGCGGCGCUCGUGGCUAUCGCCGGAACGACCCAGCGCCCCAUCGGUAUGUUCUGGGUCCGGUUCAAAUAGGCGAGGGAAGUUCAUCAUACUCGGAUCGUCGGGCGAAUGUUUACCGGUAAACCGACAUCCGUUACGAAUUCCUGAUGGCUAUCAACAGCAGGGAUUAACACGUCCAGACAGUCUUUCAAGCUGUGGUUCGAGUCAGGAUGAAUUCCACAGCGCCAAGGACAGUUUCGACGAGGACGAUGAGGAUGGAUUACGGGCACAUCCGUACACUUCGGAGUUGGACACACCCGAACGAAGGUACGAGUUCGCCCAGAAGUUGCGAGUUGCUCUGGAGCAGGACCGAACGAACGGCAUGUCGGGAAGUACUGAAGAUAGCAGCUAUGCGGUCGGGAUCAGUGUGGCAGGAUCACAAAUCCGCGAUCAAGAUAUCCGUGUGCGACGUGGAGGAUCGUGUGGCUUUGUGUUGGACGGUUCAAUUGAUAGCAACUACGAUGAAAUGGAGUGGAAAGAGCAGCAGCAAGAAAAGACAACAGCAAGAGGACCACAACAGAACGGAACGCUAGAACGGAAGGGUACGAACGAGUCGUCCAAGUACAGUUUCGACUCGGAUCUGGGGUCUGAACUGGAGGAGGUAUACGAGAAGUUUGCCAAAUGGCUCGAAGAACCGAUAAGCACCGACAAGCCAAAAAAGUUGGAUGCCCGGGACGAAGCCGUACUAAAGUUUGCCAACUCCCUGCUCAAGCGUACACUGAGCGAAAGCUUUGUCGGAAUUCCAUUUACCGAGGAGUGCCUGUCGAGUGGGAACGGUUCCGUUGCCAACUCCACUGGAUCACGUAACGCUUCCGGUAGCGGUGGUCGAGGAUCGCUCGGUCAGAAGGAAAAGAUACUGCUCCAUGUACGAUCGCUUUCGCUGGAACUGGCAAAGCAUAAACACAAACUGGCGGCACAGCUGCGUCACGACUAUCUUGCACUGGAACCGGCAAAGCUAUUCAAGUGUCCCAACAUUCAGCUCACGCGCACCGAUCACCGGAAGCUGCUGCACAAGCUGCGCUCGACCCAGAGUGGUUCGGGCUGCUCGGUGACGGAACUGGCGACGACCGCACCGGUGAAGGUCCUGCAGCCAAAGCUCGAACGGCAAUCGUCACUGAAGGCGAAGUUGCUACAGUACAAACCGAACUGGGCCGUGUCCUACACGCAGGAUAUCAAGUGUGAUGAUGUGGUGCUGAAGAUAUCGCAACUUGCUCAAAAGAGAACGUUAAACGUAAAUUUACGACCCGUUGCUACCGGUAACUGGGGCUGUGGGAGUAGCCGGCGUGGAGACGUCCAGCUCAAGAUGGUCAUUCAGUGGAUGGCAGCUAGUGUAGCUGGUCUGCCAUAUCUCAGCUAUUAUACUGCGGGAAACGAGAAACUUUCAAAACUCGAUACAAUCUGCCGAGUGCUGAAGGAUCGCAAGUGGACCGUAGGCGAACUGGCAGCUGCAACACUGAGCCACGCCCGGGACAUUUUGGAGGACCCUUUCUACUACAACAACGAUCGUAACUACUGUAUGUUCUUCGAGAAACUUAUCGGACUGGAAAAGGUUCACUGAGGAGUGUCACCCAGGCACUCAGUUUUUGGGAUUAGAAAAAAAAGACAGAUAAGUUAAAAUUUCUCUCCAAGACCAAGACAGUCGAAUAUCCCGGGAAGUAGAACUUCAAAAGCAAUAAAAAAGAUUAAUUUGUAUAAAGCAAAACGAAAAACGCGAUUAGACAGACUGUUUCGAGUGAAAAGUCUCAUGUCCUUUUUUUCUCAAAACGAUAGUUUACGAUAGAUGGCUUUGAGUAGAUUGCGAGCUUGCACAUGAUAACAAUCUCAAUUAAUAGGAUCGUGAGUUUAAACAAAACGGAUAAUACAGAACUAAAAGUCAAAUGUCUUCCUUGGAGUGUGUACGAGAUCAGGGCAAUCAGGGUCAAUCAGUUUCCGUUUUAUCUGCAACAGACAGCCCACGGAAAAUGUGUGAGAAUUCACAGAGGAAUGAAAAAUGAAAUGGAAAAACGCUCCACGAAACAGAUAAAUACUUUACAUCACUGCAGAACAUUGUUCAGUUAGCUAGUUAGUAGAAUAAAACAAUAAAAUGACGCUUACUGCAGACGGUUAGAUAUACAGGAGAACAAAAACAAAUGUCGGUUGGUAGAGCAGGAUGUAAUGUGAGUUACUUGAACGUUAUUGGCUGGAUAAAGCUGUGGAAAUAAGAACGCUAGCGAAUUGUUUUUGAAGCGUAGUGGGAUCAAAACGGGAGUGUUGUUAAAUGAGUAAUGGGCAAUAUCAGCAAGACAUGAUUUAAAACGGAAGAUGGAAGAUUACCAACGACAUUCGAUAACACACAUUGGCCAAAGUAAAGAUUGUUGAGGAGGUGCAUUCGUUUGUCUUGAACAUAGUUAGACCAAUAAACGUCAAUAAUUUUAGAAAA